AGCGACGCCUCUUUUUCGUGCAUCUGUCCUGAUUCCAAUCUGCAUGGUCUCUGAACGUACACAGUAAGGUGGGUGGAGCACCUGCAUGCUGAUUCAUCCUGGCGUGUGACGUGACCAGUGAGGCACCUUACUCUCCGUCCUUCGCUGCGACACCGUGUACUAAAGAAGAGCGGACCCAACAAGAAAAUGGCAUCCAAUCCUUACAACCCUCCCCCUGCUGCCCACCAGCACACUGUGGUUAUUCAACCUGUUGUGGUCAGCCAACCUACCGUCAGAAGUCAAACUGAUGACUUUUUUGGAGGACUGGGCAGGGCACUGGACAACACUGCUAAUGACUUUAUGAGAGCAACUGCUGAUGUGUCUCGUGAAUUGGUGACUUCCAACCCACUGGAUUUUUUGAAAACUGGUUAUGUGGUGCAGUUGGUUACCAAGCUAAGCGGAAAGAGUCUUCGUGUGCUUGAGAAUGGGGUUCUGGACUGUGGUGGACAUACUGGCACUGCUUGUGAGUCAUGUAAUAGAUUAAUCAGUGAACACCAACCUGUUGUUAUUUCGUAUCCUACUGACCGUUGUAAGCAUGUGUUUCUGUUCAGUGUGGCAAGUACAUGUGAUGCAUUAUAGUGCUGCGGACACAAAUACAAACCAGCAAUGGUGAUCUUUACUAUUUUAGUCAUAGCUGAGUCCUCUUAGGACCAGUUAACCAUGGUACAUUAGUUUUAGGUAUGUGUAUAUAAAACCAUACUAUAGGUGCACACCUAUGGCAUAUUUGAACUGUGCACUCAUACUGGCUUGGGAAUAGCUUGGGGCUCUCCCAGGGAGAGUACCUAUGUAUUCAUGGGAUUAUAUAUAACUGAGCACACUGACUGAACCUGUGCAGUGUAGUUUUCUCAAAGCCUUAGUCAAGACUGGAGGGUCUUCUGCACAGAAGUACCCAGGGACUAUGCAGAGUGAGGAGUGCUCAUCUGGUCCUGAUAAGAGCAGGAAUUGUCUUUUGUUAUCAGUAGAGCCUGAGAACUCAAGACUACGUCUUUCUCAACUUAUUCGUGAAAGACUAUAUAAUUCCUAUGGAAGUGUCGUACAAUAUCUUAAUUUGUCUGAGUUGAAAAUUAGACUAGUAAAAACAAGGCUACUUUCCCCACUAGAAGCACACAACCGCAUCACUGAUGCUGAGAAACUUAUUGCAAGAGUGGAAGAGAUAGGCUUGUUAGCUUAUUUCAAUUUCUACCAGUGUAUAACCAAGGAGACAAACCACCUUGGCCAUAGAUAUGUUCAGGCCAGUACUUGAGAACAAAGAAUACGCAUCUGAUCUGGAAGUGGAGCAUUCGGUGACACUUAAAGACAAGCUCUUUAGUAAUUUGCAACAAUUAACAUCAUGUGAUUUGCAAUCUCUGCUAAACCACAUGUACAGCAAGAAUCUUCUCACCUGUACGGAAUGGGAUAAGCUACAGAGUCAAGUGCACGGGGCAACCAAUGACCUACUAAUUCACAUAGCUGCUGUUCUGGACUCAAAAGGACCUCUUGCUCACAGUAUAUUUGCUGAGUGUCUCCACAGUGCUGACUCUGAGGCAUACAAACUGGUCUUUGUGGAAGAUCAGCCACAUGACUCACUUGAGCCGCUUGAAGAUCUAGAUAUGGCAGUUGUCCGUGUUUCAUCGCCUUCAAGGCAGUUCCCUUCAAAGCUAAAACUACAUGGCUGUUUGAAGGGAAGCAGAUACAAUACAACCAUGAAGAUGUUCCAGGAGUGCCACCACAAUGGUCAGUGGAUCAAGCUCGAAUUGGAAGUGGAGAAAUUGAUGAGACCUGGCAUCCCAAAAGAAUUCCAGGUAGUUGCUCUUCUUGAAAGUGCUGUAAGUUGGGUGUUUCGAAGAGGGGAGAAGGAAGCAGUGGAUUUAGUAGCUCAAGCAAGGGAACUUGCUGCCCAAGUUGAUGGAGAUAAUUCCACUAUUCUCAGUGGCAGGUGUGAGUACAUCUUGUCUCGGCUGUACAGAUACCUCCAGCAGUAUGAUGAGGCACAUGAACACAUACUCAAGUCUACACACUUCCUACAUAUGGUGGAGGAAGGCGAGGACACGGCAUUUCUACAUUACUGCAAUGCUUGCAUUCAAGUCGAGACACUGACUGACCAUCCUACACAGAAACAACUUCGCUCCGUGAAUAUGUCCUACGAGCAUGCCAUUGACCAUGCCCGGGCUCAGGACUCUGGACUUGAUCUUGUUGCACCGCAUUCCUUUAUAAGGCUAGCACAGAUGUAUCUUGGGUCAACGCACUACAGGCCUGGCUCACAGAGGGAGGAAUGGAGUAUUUCCAAAGCCACUAGCUGCCUGAAAGCAGUCAACCAGUGCUCUCUGUCACGGCGAUCUCAGUGCCACUAUCUGCUCAUGGAGUCUGAUCUGAAGCGCUGUCAACAGGACAUCCCACAGUGUAGACUGGCAGCACAAACAGCAUUGGAGCUGGCUCAUACCUACAGCUUUACUAUAGAGAUUGCUUCGGCAGAGAAAAGAAUUGACUCCCUGUAACAUGCAUGUGUGUAAUGCCAUAUAAAGGUACUUAUCACUCUCAUAAUCAGCAG